GCGGCGGCAGCGGCUGCGAGGCGAGGCGAGGCUGCGGGGCGCCGUGUGCGGCUGAGCCGGCGGCGGGUAGAGGUGUGAGGGCGGCCGGGGACCUGAGCGGGAGCCGGGCCGGUGUGGCCGCCGCCGCCACCACCAUGCAGGAAAUCAUCGCCAGCGUGGACCACAUCAAGUUUGACUUGGAGAUCGCCGUGGAGCAGCAGCUCGGGGCGCAGCCGCUGCCAUUCCCCGGCAUGGACAAGUCAGGGGCUGCUGUCUGCGAAUUCUUUUUGAAAGCUGCCUGUGGCAAAGGGGGCAUGUGCCCGUUCCGCCACAUCAGUGGUGAGAAGACGGUGGUGUGCAAACACUGGCUGCGGGGGCUGUGCAAGAAGGGGGACCAGUGCGAGUUCCUGCACGAGUACGACAUGACCAAGAUGCCCGAGUGCUACUUCUACUCCAAGUUCGGGGAGUGCAGCAACAAGGAGUGCCCCUUCCUGCACAUCGACCCCGAGUCCAAGAUCAAGGACUGCCCAUGGUACGACCGCGGCUUCUGCAAGCACGCCCUCGAUUUGAACUGCCGAUGGGAACCACCGAGCAGCCCCCACUGCCGCAGCAGACGCAGCCACCCACGAAGCAGAGAACUCCGCAGGUCAUCGGGGUCAUGCAGAGUCAAAAUAGCAGCGCGGGCAGCCGAGGACCCCGGCCGCUGGAGCAGGUCACAUGCUACAAGUGUGGUGAAAAAGGACACUAUGCCAACAGAUGUACCAAAGGGCACUUGGCCUUUCUCAGCGGACAGUGACAGCAGCUGGACCAGCUCAGAGCAGCCUGGGGGCCCCGUGCUGGGGGCCGCUCUGGGCCAUUCCUGGGAGUGUGUGCAACUGUUUCAUGCCAGCAUUGGUGCAGCUCUGGCUGGAGCCCGCAGGCAGGCGCGCUGGGUUUUAUUCUUACGGGCUACGUCUUGUCAGCAUCCCUAUCGUUUUGCUGUAAUCUCUUUUUUAAAAGGGGGACACGUGUUCCAGUCUGGCCCCUCGGGUUGGCAUCCUGUUUGUCAGGCUGCCACAGCCUCCUGUCUGGGGCCCUGCACACCACCCUCAGGAGGAAGCGGUGGGAAAGGGCUUGUGCUACAGCAGUUGUGUGGAGGGCAGCCCUUCCCCUUGGGCCUCCUUCAACACUGGGGGCUGGUGGCGCUUGAAGCUGCAGCUGGGUCACGCCUGCUUCCUCCCUGUCCUGCAUCAGAGGCUGUAUCUGUUGGUGGGAUUUGAACAAGGCGGCCCUUCAGGGCAAGCUCAAGUGUGCUUGCCGCCUCAGCCGGGUCCUGCUCCCUGGCGGCCGUGGCUGAGGAAAGGUGCAGGGCCAAGGCUGUCACGUGUGACGGCCUUUUCCUCUGGGCGUAUCUUCACGGGGCCCCUGCUGACGGUGUUUAAGCUGUACCUUAAGCUGGAGCUGCCGCCAGCCUCUCCACAGACACGCAGUUCACCUGUGCACCUACCUCCCACGCCAUCAAGCAUCUGUACUGUCACACACCUGGGGCCCAGAGGAGAGGCCCGUCUCUGAGCCUGGAAAUGUGAAGCUGGCACCUGCAACCUGCGGGGCAAAUGGGCCUAUUCGAGUUUAAUUACAGGAACCACUUUUAUGAAGUUGAUUAAAGCUUGUUUUGUAA